ACGCUGCGGAGAGUGACAUCGUGGGACAAAUAGGUCUUAGUGACUGUCUGUGCGCUCCAAUUUACUAACAGUCUUGGUAUUCAGGCUGUUCAAAUCGAGCCAUGUCACGUGUCCCCGGUAUUGUUGGCAGUAGGUUAGGCUGCCACAACAAGAACAUAACGGGACAGGAGUCAGAGGCUGAAGACUUUAAUCAAAAGCCGUUUUAUCGUAUUGUAAUAGUAAUUACAUAGUAGUCGUAAUUCGUGUAAUUAUCAUUUAUUUAGCUUAACUGGAUAAUGUGCGGUCAAAAACCAUGGAAACGUCGCUAUUAGAUCCUCUACAAAUGCCUCUAUAAUUAAGUUGUAGCCUGCUGAGGGGUUUUAUAACCAUGGCAAUUGCACACUUAGCUACUGAGUACGUUUUUUCAGACUUUUUAUUGAAAGACCCAACAGAGUCGAAGUACAAAGGGGUGCGCUUGGAGCUGGCAGCGGACAAAAUAGUAACAUUCAUUGGGGUUGGUCUCCCUUUGUUACUAAUAUCUCUUGCAUUUGCUCAGGAAGUAUCUGUAGGUACCCAGAUCAGCUGUUUUGCCCCCACCAGUUUCUCCAUGCGGCAGGCCAUCUAUGUAGACUCCUACUGCUGGGCGGCAGUGCAACAACAGCAGCCUGAUGUCGACGAGGCUCAGAGUGCACCCUUAUGGCUGCACAAGUUCUUCCCCUACAUCCUGCUGUUAGUGGCCAUCCUUAUGUACAUCCCUGCCUUGUUCUGGCGCUUCACGGCGGCACCCCACCUGUCCUCAGACCUCAACUUCAUCAUGGAGGAGCUGGACCGCUCCUACAACCGCGCCAUCACGCUGGCCAAGAAACUGGCUGCGUUAGACUCCAAAGACGUACCGGAAAACUCCCACAGUGCCUUGGACCUGACAGAGGGCUGCUUUAAGUAUCCCCUGGUGGAGCAGUAUCUGAAGACCAAGCGUUCCUCCCGCUGGCUGGUGGUCAAGUACCUGGCCUGCCGGGCGUUAACCCUGCUCACCCUCCUGCUGGCCUGCCUCUACCUCGGGUACUACAUCCGCCUGGCCUCCCUCACCGACGAGUUUGCCUGCGACGUGCGAUCGGGGCUGCUGAGGAACGACAGCGCCCUCCCAGCGGCGGUGCAGUGUAAGCUGGUGGCAGUGGGGGUCUUCCGACUGCUCAGCUACAUCAACCUGGCCGUCUAUGUCCUCCUGGUGCCCCUGGUGGCGUUCGCCGCGCUGGGCCCCGCCCGUCAGAGCUCGCGUUUCCUCCGGCCCUACGAGAUGCUGCCGGCGUUCGGCGACCUGGACAUGGCCACGCCGUUCUACAACGACCUCAGCGUCUACCUGCUGUUCCUCGAGGAGAACCUGAGCGAGCUCAAGUCCUUCAAGUGUCUGCAGGUGCUGGAGCUGCUGAGAGAAGGGGGCGGGGAGGCUUUCGACACCAUGUGUCUGCUGCGCGCGCUGGGCCAGGUGAAGACGGAUGUGUCGGACGGUACAAAACUGCACAUCGGUAAGGACGGCUCAGACGUGGCUGGGCCCGGGGAGGAAAAUAGCUCCACUGAGCUUAAAGAUGCAUCUACCUUGCUUCUGGAUGAUGAUGAUGUGAAGAAAUCGAAGGACCGAGGCUGCUCUGAUAAAAAAGAAGGACAACAGAGAGUUCUUUGAUUCAUUGUUACAAAUGGACAGAAAGUAAAAUGGGUCCAGUUAAUAGCUUGUAUCGAUUUUUUAAAGCUACUGUUGUCAGGAACUUUUAAGAGCACUUAGUCUGUUUUUCUUCUCCGUUUGAAAUGUAAGCCAUAUGCAAUGACUCUGAGAGCUCAAAGCUUCUUUUAUUCCAUGGCCCUUGGUCUUUGGCCAACUUUUAUUCAGGUAUGCUGUAAAAGGUCUGAAGGUGUUUUCAUUCACGGUCAAACUGUAAGCUUGCAUGUUUGUACUUCUACCUUUUUAAACAUUUGAUAUUGUUUGAUAGUACAAGUGCUGUUUAAUAGCAGAUCAAAUAAAGACAACUUCCUAAUACCACCACCCAGGCUAUAUUGGAUGUAACAUUUAGAGCAACUGUGUUCCCCUAAUAACUCACCAAUUGUGUAAAAACAUUUUUUUUUAUGUUGUUUAUUAUAUGCAUAAUUAUUGUUCAGACUGUGGCCUGAAUAAUAGUUGUUGUUGAUAAUGACAUGUAUUAUAGUAGUGUUCUUUAUUCUUCAGAAUGCAAUCACAGCUAUACAAAUCCUGCUGUGAUGACAUUAAAUGAUUAUCCAGGUUUUAGGAUACAAUUAUAAUGCAAAUGAGUGGGGGCUCACAGCUUAAAUAUGCAUACAAAUAACAUAUUCAAGCAGAAUACAGAACACUAGGUCUAUGCUAUAAAAGCAUUUGUUCAGGACAAUGUUAAUACUAAACAUAGCUUCACCAUUCUACUUUACACCUUUCAAAUACAUUUUCAAAAAGCAACU